UGGUUAAGGAGUAUGGUGUUAAUUAAGGAGCUGGCUCUAUCGUCUCUACCUGCUGCCGCCAGUUAUUUGUUAAGUGGCUCAGAGGCUUGGAAUAGCGUGAUAAACACUGUCGGGCUCAACAUGGUAAAUUUG